AUGAAGACUCAAAUACUCAUCGCAAUCACUCUGACUGCAGUUGCUUGCUUUUUGACCGUCAAGGCGGAUCAAAGCAAAGAGAGCUCCAGUGAGAGCGAUGAACGUUUCCUGAAAUACAAGAGAUCUGAACCGCGCCGUCCCCACGCCCGUCACGGCGCCCCUGGUCCCCAUGGCCACCAUGGGCCCCAUAUUCCCCAUAGGCCCCAUAAGCCCCCGAGACCCCAAAGACCAUCACACCCCCACCCCAAGGGUAGACCCGAACCCUGCCAUACCACCCGCCCCAAAGCCACUUCUGCUUCAGGAAUGAAAGCCACCACCCCCAAAGCUGGUCCUGUGUUGACAGUUGGCACCACAGUGGCAAUCAGCACAACCACCUCUGCGGCUGGUAUCAGCACGGCAGCAAAAACCACAGCCCCAGGAGUUGACACGACCACCACCGCCGGACCCACUCCUGCAGUCCCCUCCUCCACUGCAGUCCCCUCCUCCGCUGCAGUCACCCCUGAAGCUGCAACCACCACUGCAGCCAGCUCCGUAACUGAACCACCCUCUACUUCCACCUCUCCCCAGUCACCAAACUAA